UGUAACGGUACCAAGGCCAAAGUGCGCGCAAUAUAAUCGUCAACGACCACUUCAUAAUAUUGUAAGUGUACGUUACCGUUUGUACACACACGCUCGCACACGCACGCGGAUGGUAUUCGAGGAGGAAGAAUCACACUGGCAUCCCAGACGUCGUUGCUCCUGCAAUAGUUGCUCCACGAAACACUACAUAGGACUAGGACCGAUGUGGUCGUCUCCGUUGGCAAUAAUCUCCGCCGCCGUGGUCGCCAUCUGCAUGGCCGUUUCUGUGGUUCUGCUGCCCGGCGGCGACGCAGGAAGGUUAGAACCGGCGAUGGACAGAACUUUCUACGACCAGAUCAGAGGGGUGUUGUACAACGAAGAAAAGAGCCCCACUGAUUCGGCACCGUCGCCGCCAGUAUCGUUACCGCUGUCUUCGCAGGCAAUUAUAUUAUUAUUUAUUAACAGUGCAGGAUACUAUUAUACGGCCGUUUAUUUGAUAAGUAGGUAUACCAACGUGCGCUGAAAUAAAAAGGAUUUUGUUUUUGUUUUUUUUUUUUUCGAUUUAAGUUUUCCCGAACGUUUGCUGAUCUCGAUCACGUACUAUAUUGUUGUGAAUCAGCAUUAGGUAAUCGGCCUCUGUAAGCUAUGCGACAUCUCGGUAAAAUUUACCGAGGCGAAUGUUUCCGAAUGACGACGAACUCGUAAGUUACCGAUAGUGUAGGUACGUGACAGUAAAUAUUGCAGUACUGGUCUCGAAAUAUUAUUAAAACGACAUUUCCCCGAUCGUACACGUCACGUGAGAAAAUAUCGUCUCGGUGAUCCGAGAAGAAUCGAAAUCAUGGAAGUUUUGUGACCGAUGUCCGAUAGCGACUCCCACUGCUUCUCCAUACGUUUUUUUUCCCCACGAUAAUCAUCAAUCAAUAUACUAACGGUAAAUUAUUAUAUUAUUUACUGUUGGACAUCCGAAAUUAUUAUACAUUAUUACGCACCGCAUGUCACUGUAACCAUUACGUUAGGCUUAGGUACAUAUAUAAAUUAAUAUUUGCGUGCCAGUCCGGUACCAGUCAGUAACAUCUGCUGGUCAGCAAAACAAACAUAUUUUCUAGAUUCUCAGUGGAAGCUCAUGGUUGUAUAAAGAUGUUAUUUUUUUUUUUAACUAUGGACAACUUUUCUACCAGAAAUCUUGUUCCGGUUUUUCAGUAUGGCACUUUUAUGAAAGGAAAUUAGUGCCGGGAGAUACUUUAGGGAGGUAGUUUUUCGAUUUUUCUUGUCAAAAACUUUUCUACAAGCAAUUUAUUUCGCUACUAUUUGUUGGUAGAACUAAUGAUAGCAGUUUUUCUAAAAGAAAAUCUGGCUGGAAAGAUACAUUACCUAUUUAAUAAUAUCUAUCUAUCUAAUAUUUUACCUAUUGGAGGUCAAUAGGUCAUUUUUUGAUUUUCUCAGGAGUUUUCUCAACAAAUGGGAAAAACCUGGUCAAACGUAAGAAUAACGACGAAAUAGGUAAAAUAUUAAACAAAUAUUAUUAAAGAAAAUAUAUAAUGCCUAUGUAUUUAUUUUAUCAUAAUAUGACAUAUAUAUUGUUGAUAAAGCAACACUAUCAACUGAACUCUGCUUAGAAUAAUUUUUUCGUUAGCAAUUGUUUAUCGUUGCUUACGUACAGAACAUACCUAACAGCUGACAAAAAAAAAAGUCCAGGGGGUCACCCGCGAAGUAUGUCCGUCUUAUUCUUUCUUCUAAUAAUAAUCAACAAUUAACUAAAACAAAUAAAAAAAUAACAAUUUAUAAAAUGCCUAUAAAUUGUUCAAAAAUGUUUUUGUUAUGAAAAUGUUAACACAUCUAGGAAAGGCUAAUAAUUAUUCUGUGAAAAUGACAGCUCUCUACGGAUAUUUUUAACUAAAUUUCAAUAUGUUGUAACAAAGAAUUAAUUGAAAUAAUAAAAUUACAUUUAAAGAAACCAUUAUUUCCUUAAACUUUCCCUCUUUUUUUACUUUAUUUCUGGUUUUGCUUAACUAUUAAUAAAACUUUACGGAAAAUUAAAAAACAACAUCCAUACUUACUAACUAGAUCCACAAAAUAUGAUUCUUGUCAUUUUUCGAUUGGCGCAUGUAGAAAACAUAAUUCGUAAACAUUAGAAAUAUUGAAAUCUGUAAUAGCGACUGCCGUAAAUAUUUGUCCGUUUUUCCUGUACGUUUUUUUCAGUCUUCUCCAACUAUUUUGAAAACUCCUUACAGUCACAAAAAUACAAAAAAGAUGUGCACUGCUCAUUGGUUAUUGUUUUAGGGAAGAAGUUAUAUAAAGUCUAUUUCAUUAUGGAUCGUUGCAAUAAAUUAUUGCAAAUGAUUCUGGAUGGAGUUUAGUUAAAUAUCUUACUAUCUAAAUUUUCCUCAUAAAGUACUUGUACCUAUAAACUAUGAUUACUGAUGAUUUCAACAGACGCUCCCGAACAUAAACAGACCCGUUGAAGUGGAAGGAUGGCCGAAUAGUCCGAUACCCCGUCUCGGACAAGUAAGCGGAGUGGCGAUAAACACGGUCGGACAGCCGGUGAUUUUUCACCGGGGUAGUCGAGUCUGGGACGAAAAGUGAGGCUAACUUGUAAAUAUGUUUUCUCUAAACAUAUACAUAAAUAUUCGACAAAAAUGCUGUUUAUAGAUCGUUCAAUGAGACGUACCACUAUCAGCACGUGGAGGAAGGGCCCAUUUUGUCUAGCACCAUUGUCACUCUGAGCCCGGAAACCGGCGAGGUUUUGUCCAGCUGGGGAGCAGGUUUUUUUUACAUGCCACACGGAAUCACGGUUGAUCACCAGGGGAACGUCUGGGUCACAGAUGUGGCCCUGCAUCAAGUGUUUAAGGUUAAAAACAAAAAACACCCGGUUAAAUGAUAUGAUAUAUAAUACGAGUAUUUUAGAUGUAUAAUUUUUCUAAUUUGUAUUUGUUUAAAUGAAUAUGCAAACCAGUAACGUGUUGACAUACUAACGAAACAGAACGAAUUAUAUUUGUUUGUGUAUAGUUUUCACCCGGAGCACUUAGGCCGUCGCUGACGUUCGGUAAGAGAUUCGAGAACGGCAAAGGAUACCGGACACUCUGUCAGCCUACGUCUGUCGCCAUCGCUUCGGGCGGUGACAUUUUUAUCGCCGACGGAUAUUGUAACUCUAGAGUUUUGAAAUACUCGAGCAGAGGAGAAUUGCUACGGGUCUUCCCACAUGCCAACGGUACAUACCAAUCAGUGUAUAUUAUAAUAUUGUAGAAUGUUCAUUGAUAGUAAAAAUAUUAUCUUAAGCAGUGAUGGGCAUAACUGAAUAGUUUCUAUCGAAAUAUCAGAUUGCAUUCGAAUAGUUUAUAUUUUUCGUCCCAAAAAUUAAUGGCCGAUGCCAAUUUUUAUUAUUUUCUUCAAUAAUUUUUCUAUAAUUUCAUAAUUUCCGUCAUUUUUUAUUUUAUUUUUGAAAUUUUUCAAACUUUGUUUUUUUUUUUUUUGUACUAUUACAUUUUUUAAAGCUAUCCUUCUCUGGGAUCCAAACACUAUAAACUAUUAGGAUAGAAAAUUAUAAUAUUAAUUAAUUUGAAUGUUUUAAAAAAUAAAAUGUUCGGUUUAUAUUAUUACUAUAUAUGAUCAAUUAUCCCAAUUAAUUUACAUUUUAAAUAGAAAUAUUUAAAAAAUACCCGAAUGGUAUUUCGAAAUAUUCGAUUGCAUUUCUGAAUAAAGUGUCACAGAAAAAAAGUAUUCGAUAGAACAUGUAAACUAUCGAAAAUUGUAUACAGUGAAAAAUAAACGGGCAUGGCCAGUUUCUGCCAAAAAUUUACCUUUCCCUUUUUCGUCAAAUAAAACAAUUUAGUCUAAUAUUCGAAUAUUAAUGGACAAUUUUAUACAUUACAAUUAUUAAUUAGAAAAAUAAAUAAAUUAAAAAUGAGUAAGUUUUUUCUAUGUAUGUAUGAUCAAAAUGUUGUUUAUUAUUUAUUGAAUACAAGGUAAAAAAAGAUGUUAAUUCUUAUAACGAUUGUUUUUACCACAAUUUUUUACUCAAAAAAUAGCAAAAAUAUCACUUUUUUAUUAUAGUAUAUAAGUUAAACUUAUUUUUAUUAUUAUUUUUCCGUCGUAAGAUAUGUAACGUAUCGUAAAUUUGUCCGAUGAUAAAUUUAUCGCCGAUUAUCGUAUUUUUCCAAUGCUAUCGAUUAUGUUGUUAAUCUUGCUUGUUAUAAUAUCAGUUGAUGCAGUUGUACGAUAUGUACGAAACCGGCCGUUACGACGCUCGACACAGUCAAUAGUAAAAUAUAUUUUUUUUAAUUUUUUAAUUUGGCAGUAAAGUGAAUUGACGGAAAAGGGAAAUAACAUUUUUUUUUUUUGACAAAUUAAAAUUAAAAUUAUAAAUACAAUAUUAUAUAUAUUAUCUGCAAGUAUAUGCAUUUUUUUCAAUCAUUUUAUACUAUUUUUUUUUAAGUGCAUUUUCAAUAUGCAAUAUUUACCUCCCUUAUUUUCGGGCUAUUUAUUGUAAUCGUGUUAACAUAUGAGGGCUACUGGUACAUUCGGUUGAGGGCAACUGGUAAAUUUGGUUGAAAGCAACUGGUAUAUUUUUAAAAUCCCGAUAACAGCCAUUGGGGGCAACUGGUCAACACCCCGAAUUGCCUACCGUGAAUUUUUUUAAAAAGAUUACUCGAAUUGCCUCCCGAUUUCAAAAAUAUCAUUCACUCGAAUUACCUCCUAUUUUAAAUAGUAACAUUCUUGUAUCGAAAUCGAUUUCUAUUUCAAUUUUUUUAGAACUAAAAACAAUUAUACAAUAUAUAUAGGUAUUAGGUACACGACAUUAAUACACAUGUAAUUAGUAGACAUUAGUACACGGUAUUAGAUUAGGUAAUAAGUCGAUGUCAAAAAUAACAUAGGUAUAUGUACUGUAUCAAAAUUGCACGUAUUAAAAUUCAAUAAAAAUAAUAAUUUAGAUGAAAUAGCAUUAUGUUUUACAGUACCAAUACAACAGUAAUUAAUUAAAAAAAAAAAAAAAAGAACGGACAAAAUUCACACUUGGGUGCGGCCACUGUUGUAGGUGGGAAGUUGGAAAAAUAGGAUACAGACGAGAAUUUAAUGUACAUCUGUAAGCAACGAUGAACCAUUGCUAACGAAAAAACGAUUAUGAACGGAGUUCAGUUAAUAGUUUUGCUUUGUCAAAAACAUAUGAUGUAUAUCAUAUUAUGGUAAAAUGAUUACAACAAUGUGCGUUUCCAUGAUAACAAUGAUUGUUUAAAAAAGACUAAAAUAAUAAAAACUUAAUAAAAACAAAAAAAAAAAAAAUGAAAAUUGUUGCCAAUGACAACCUUAUUUUUAAUCUUUCAAUCUUUUUUAAUCUAAAGACCGAGGUUUUCUUCAUUAACUCGAAUAUUAAUGAGAAUUUCUAAACAUGACUUCUCUAAAGUAUCACCUAGAGAAUAUUUCCUUUCAGAAAAGGUGCUAUACUUGAUUAUUCGAGCAUGUUUUCUGGUAAAAAAAGUAUUCACAUAAAAAAAAAAAAUUAAACAUCUUUAUAAAACCAAUUCCUCGCUACACUCAGAAUCUAAAAAUAGUAAACAAUCAAUAAAUAAACAUCAUGUUUUAUAGUCAAAAAUUUAAAUUUAAAUUUUUUAUGUUGUAUGUUUCUAAGGUUUAAAUUUAUUUGAUAAUACUUUAAAAUAUUGAAAUUUUCGAUAUAAUAGUCGAUGUUCACGUUAGCUAUCGGUAUAUUAAUUAACAAUCUAGGCAUGUUAUGGGAGGAAAUUCGAAUGGACGGUUGGAGUAUACUCAAAUUGUUUCCGAAAAUACUCGGAAGCAAUUCGAGUGAAAAAAGUUCAUCUACCUGAAUUUGGGAAGCCAUUCUCAAGAGUACUCUAUACGAGUCCCCUCUCGCCGCACCCUUAACUUUAUCGUAAACAAAAAAGGUUUACUACUAGUAGUCUCCCAAUAGGCAGAUAAUAAAUGUAUAAGUGGUUUAUAAACGAUUUAAACAUUUUUAAACAGUAUGCAUCAGUACAUACAUUUGUUUAAGUCUUUUAUCACGAAGUAAUAUUACGAGUAUGUUGAUUAUUACUCAUUAAUAACCUAUCAGCCAGCAUUGGAUUUUGGGUUUAUACACUCAAAUUCGUAAUUUAUGACUAACAUUAUAACAAAUAAUUUCAAUAAUACUAUGUAUUUUUUAUUUACAAAUUUAUUACCAUAUUUUUUUUAUUGACUUAUAAUUAUUGUAUUACUAAAUGCUUUUUUAUUGACCAAUUAUAUUAUUAGUUUUAAUAAAAUUAUAAAUAUUAUAUUAAAUUCAGUUUAGUGCUUUAUUCUUUAUGGAAGGCGACUAGUGUGAUUAUUUUUGGGAAGCAACUAGUACAUAAUUAUGAACCACCUAAUUGUCGGAGGCGACUACUGUAUAUUAACCGCUUUGUAAUUACGAUAAGCAUGAGAGGCUAUUCGUAUAUUUUGGGAGGUAAUUCGUAUGCAUCGAUGAAAAGACCGUGUAGAUAGAUAAACAGUUAAACUGAUUUAAUAAUUUGCAAUAAUAAAUAACGUUUAUGAUAAUAAAAUAAUUAAAUAAUAUCAUAGAUACCAUUAGGUACCUACUAUUAAUUUUCUGCACCACGGAUCUUACACAAGAUAAUGAGAAUAGAAGGGGUGUCGAUUUUAAAAAUUCAUAUAAAACACACAUCUGUGAUGAGUUCAAUUAUGAAUCGAGCUAAGAUUUGAAUUGAUUGUGAAAGAUCCCUCCUAGAUUCGCCACGGGUCUGCACAUAUGUAUACACGCAAUUAUCAUAUUUAAAUGACUGUUGGAACAAAGUAUAUUUUAGAUUACGAAUGAAGCCUAUAUGAGUUUUACUAUAAUGUGAUUUUUUUGUCCCAAACCCUGGUUUUAUACAUUUAUAUUAGGUAGUUUAAGAUUUUAAACCCGAUAGCUGGGCAAUUUUAAGGAGGUUCUCUAUAUCCAAAUUAAUACACAGUCAAAUUCAUUGAUCAUUUAGUAGAGUAAGAUUUUACUUACUGCGGGUUCACUAAAAGAUAAAUGAUAAAUUGUUGAAUUAGAAAAUUGUAUAACAAAAUAUUAUAGUUUAUAAGAAAACAAUUAUACUGGUGAGGUAACUGGGGAAUGUUCAAAUUACGGAGAAGGUUUUAUCUAUCUGAUCACGGAGCUUAUCUAAGAAAACUGAAAAAUGGGAGUGGAUACGCAGUGAUUAUUCACUAAAAAUGCCGUGAAUAUAGAUGUGGGGAAGGGUUAUUUAUUACUCUCAUUUUUUGAUCCUAGUAAUAAAUGUUAAUGGAUUGGGAUAAGAAAAUUACUCUGUAUUGAAUAAUAUACGUUUUACUGUAGAAUUUCUAAGUCUCCAAGUGCCGCACAGUUUGGCGUUGCUCGAAGAACGUGAUCUUAUCUGUAUUGCUGAUCGCGAAGACAUGAGAGUUGUGUGCCGGGGCGCAGAGCUGUCCGAGAAAGGCAAAUCACAGGCACCGUUGACAAUACAGGAACCGGACCUUGGACGUGUGUACGCGAUAACCAAUCAUGGUACGAUUCGGCACGAUGAUAAAAAAAAAAAUAAUAAUAAUAAUCGCGUUUAAUUAUUCGAAGGCGAUUUGAUUUACGCCGUCAAUGGGCCCACGUCGCCUUUAAUACCCGUACGAGGAUUUACCAUUAACCCGAUGACUGAAAGCAUAGUCGACCACUGGAAAUUGUCCAAAGACGUUGUGAGUAUAUACCUACCAACUAUAUAGAACAAUAAUAGUAUUAUAAUAAAGUCACAAGGAGCCAGGAUCUUGAAUUUAGGUGGCUAAAUACAUUUUUGUUUGAAAUUAUAGGUGUGUAGGUAAAGGAGGAAUCAGGGUUGAUCACCACUCAAAAACAAAAUAAAAAAUAUUGCCAACACUAUGCAUUUAAAAAAAAAAAACUUUUUAAUGAAAUAAUAAAACAGAUAGGUAUAAUAUUAUUCUGUAACUAUAAUAUUACUCCCUUCUGAAAAUUGCAUCAUUCUAAGAGAAUUUUGAGCAAAGCAGUAAUCAUAUUAUUUUCAUUAAUUAUCCAUGGUUAAUCCAUUGAAUCAAUUUUCAGACACAUUAAACUCCUUUCUAAAUACAUUUUUAUACGGUUUAGUGUAGAUAACGGUUUUUCAGGAAUAAAUGAAUGAAAUGGAAAUAUAGUUAACGCUCAAUUCGUAAAAUAGUAUACAAGUUACAUACUACAUAAACACGGUCAAUGGGGGGAGGGGGCUAUAGCCCUUAUAAUUUACAAUAUUUUAACACCUAUGGUAAUCGUAUUUUUUUUUUCAGCUUAAUCAAGUUCCGCAUGACAUAGCGGUUUCGGAAGACGGAUUGUCGUUGUACGUGGCUUCCAUCUUCCCGAACCGUAUAGCUAAAUAUACGAUGGCGUCAGUAGUACCGUUGAAAUCUGAAUGAUACCCGAACUCCAUAAUGAAAUUUAUUCUACGCAAACAAUAUAAUAACAAAUAAUAAUUUUCUUCCAUAGAUAUAUAGAAUACAUGUAUAAUAUUAUAUUGAUAAUUCAAAUCGUUGAACAUUCGAAAAAAAUAAAACAAACUAUUCGGCGAUCCAUUAAACAUGAAUCGCUUAGACAUCGUGUAUGUAGAAUUUAUUGUUUAUAUACUGUAGGUAUAUUACACAUAUAAUAUCAGAACAUUUUCCUGAACAAUAAUUAUAUUCUUGGUAAAUCGAUAUCCGAAAUGUGUAGGUUUACUUUUUUUUUUUAUAGUUAUUGCUCUCAGUUAUUUUCGUGUCUCGACGUAAAAUUAGAGCAUAACAUUAUAAUUGAGAUUAUAAUAUAAUCUUAUUUGUCUUGAAUUUUUCGAUCAUUCGGCAGCAGUUCUCGGGUAAAACUUGAAUUUUUUUACGACUACCACAAUUAUUAACCUAAUUAUUCCGCCAUCCUUUUCCACUUUCAAUUUUACCGUUUGUGUAAUCUUUAAUAAUUGAAUUCAACUACCUGGGCGUAGAGAAUGUAUUCUAUUAUAAUAUAUUUGCCCCGUUAUCUUUUGAAAUUUACUAAAUUUGUCUUUUCCCCUGAAAAUUUGUCUUGAAACUGUUCCGUUGGUCGCUCUUUCACGCCACGAAAUCUUAAGUGUCUUACGGUAACGCUGCAUUUUAAAUGCUUCUAUAUAGUUUUCUCUAUUUGAUUGUGUGUACUCACUGUCUAGGUUAGACACAUGUAUAACUUCACACACUCCAUAUGUAUAUUUUCAUAGAGUUUUUUCUAGUAUCGAGUUCUAUGAUGCAGUUUGUGGUUCAUAUACAUUUUUAUUAUGAAAAGUUCUUUUCCCUUCCUGUAUUUAUUAUGUGUCUAACUCGUUUCUACCAUUCUUCUUUAUUUUACUGCCAAGGUAGCAGUAAUUUUGUGAAAAUUGUGUUCAAUAGGUUAUAUCGAAAUAUUAUACUUACCUAUCAAAAUGUUAUAAAAUAGAGUUAUUUUUUUAAAAAAAAAAAAGAGUGGCGUUAAGAGACACGAUUAGUGCCUCGGCCAAGUACAGAGAAGCAAUAUAAUAUACGCCAAUUUACUAAACGGUUGUUUAAUUGUUUAGCAUAUUAAUAUAUUAUAUACUAUUAAAAUAGACGUUUAGAUAAAAUAAAAUAAAAUAUUUGUGUAACAUGAUCAUAAAAUAUUGUACUGUUUAAAUUAAAUAAAUAAUAAGACUAUUAAUUGUAAUACAUAACAUAGAUUAGAAGACAAAAAAAAAUAUCCUUAUAUAUUUAUUUAUAUUUUAGGUAUACGAGUAUAUACGAUAAUAUGAGUUUA